UUGACACAUGUUCCUCUUGUGAUGUUGCCGAUGACAGGAGCAAAACAACACGGGGGGAACCGUUCAUGUUAAACUACAAACAGCUGCUGGUUCCCUGAUGAGUAUUCGGGGUCAAACGGGAUGUAGUCAAGGAAAUGGAGUAUGAUGAGAGACUUGCACUUUUCCGCCAAACUCGCCUCAAUCCCUUUGAUCGUGGAGAGGAAGACGAUAGUCUUCAAGAAGGCAAGACCCCCCUACAACAUGAAGCAAAACCUGAGCUGUUUUGUGUGAGCAGAACUCACAGUUCAGAUCGGACCAUGGAUCUCGGUCUAGCUGAGGAUCACUUCUCAAGGCCUGUGGGUUCUUUUGUAGCAUCAGACAUUGAACAGCUCAAACUUGCCAUAGAGGAAUGCAAGAAGCUGAUCUUGGAGCUGCCAGAGCAUUCGGAGAGACAAAAGGACACCGUGGUGAAACUGAUCCACCUGCGCCUCAAACUGCAGGAGCUUAAGGACCCGGAGGAAGAUGAGCCCAAUCUGAGGACCUUACUGGAGCACCGCUUUUCCAAGGAGAAAAGCAAGAGCGUGAAACAGACCUGCGACAAGUGUAGCACCAUCAUCUGGGGUCUCAUACAGACCUGGUACACCUGCACAGGAUGCUAUUAUCGUUGCCAUAGCAAGUGUAUGAACCUAAUCACAAAGCCCUGUGUUAAGACAAAGGUCAGCCACCAGUCUGAAUACGAACUCAGCAUCUGUCCGGAAAUAGGACUCGAUCGGCAAGACUAUCGCUGUGCAGAAUGUCGCACACCUAUUUCACUGAGAGGUGUUCCUACCGAGGCCAGACAAUGUGACUACACGGGCCAGUACUACUGCAGCACAUGCCACUGGAAUGACUCCGCCAUAAUUCCAGCUCGGGUCAUCCACAACUGGGAAUUUGAACAACGCAAGGUUUGUCGCUCUUCAAUGCGCUACCUGGCACUCAUGAUGUCACGACCUGUGCUGAGGCUGAAAGAAAUCAACCCGCUGCUGUUCAACUUUGUGGAGGAACUGGUUGAGAUCAGAAAACUACGGCAAGACAUUCUCUUGAUGAAACCCUAUUUUAUUACUUGCAAGGAAGCAAUGGAGGCUCGACUACUACUACAGCUUCAAGAUCGACAGCACUUUGUUGAAAAUGACGACAUGUACUCACUUCAGGAUUUGAUUGACAUCUACAGUGGUAGACUCAGCUGUUCACUCACCGAGAUCCACACCACAUUUGCGAAACACAUCAAACUAGACUGUGAGCGUUGUCAGGCCAAAGGAUUUGUGUGUGAGCUUUGUAAAGAGGGAGACAUCCUGUUCCCUUUUGAUAGCCACACCUCAGUCUGCCACGAGUGCGCUGCUGUCUUCCACAGAGAUUGUUACUAUGACAACUCCACAACCUGUCCACGAUGUGCCCGAAUGUCUGAACGAAAGCAGGAUGAAGAGCCAAAUGUGAAUGAAGGAUAACUUCAGAAAAGGAGCACUUGUUUUUUGUUUUUUUUUGUAACUUUUAUGAUGAGCAAGUCUGAUCAAAAUUUGAAAAGGAGCUUCAUAUUUGUGACUAGCUUGUUACGUACUGUUAUGUGUUUAUGGUCUCUUCUAUCCUGUGCGCUACGCUAUAAACAAUGUGCAAAAUUAUUUAUAAUAUAUAUAUAUAUAUAUAUAUAUAUAUAUAUAUAUAUAUAUAUAUAUAUAUAUACACACACACAGUACAGACCAAAAGUUUGGACACACUUCCCCACUUCCCCAUAUAUAUAUAUAUAUAUAUAUAUAUAUAUAUAUAUAUAUAUAUAUAUAUAUAUAUAUAUGAUGUAUAAUACUGAAGGAUUUACAUGUUAGGUCAGUGUGUGUUUCACACCUGAUUGUAAAGAUUUAUAACAAAAUUAUCAAUACAGAAUUUCCAUGUUAUCAAUUAGUGGUAAUGCAUGCAGGAGUUGAGUAUUAACUGUUACAAGCUUCUAUUUACCUCUCUACCGCCAACUUUGUCGGGCGCUAAACUUAAAGGCUAUCAGAUAUGUAAGGACUUUGCGUUAUAAAGAUUACGUUUCCACGAGACACAAUAUCACAUAGGGAUAUUAGUGAAAUCAUAUUUACUGAUCUUCUUAUGCAUCUCUUUAGUUUAAUCCAGUAACCUUUCUCUGAGCUCUCAUCCAAGUUUCAUUAGAUGCAUUAUAAUAAUGGAAAUAGUUUUUCUCUUUUUCUCUCAUCUUUUUACUAACUGAUUGGAGUCUUAAUCAAGUUAACUCUCAAAUUUCACAAGUUCUUCAAUUUUACAAACAAGACAAGAAAAUAUCCUGGAUACAUAAUCUGUAACAUUAACACAUUUACUGGAAGUAAGUGUACAUUUCUUUUUCGUGCCAUAAUUUGUAAACAUAGCAACCCCUACUUUCCUUUUCUCUUCAACUGAAUUCUUUAUUGUAAUUUGAUUGUCUUGUGUUAUCUACAGUUGUGUGUAGCAAAUACCUGUGGAUUCAUGUAAACAUUGUGUGCCUAAGACAGUCAUGUUCUUACAACGCAACAUCUUAAUUCAAUCAUGUUUAUGGUUACAGUCUUUAGGUACUUAAAACAUGUAGUAACAAGGUGAUCGGUAUUGAUUAUAUGUUAAGUGGCAGCUUUGACAGUAUGUGUAUAUGUGUACCUUAAAUAUUUGUUUAAAAUGAGGAAGUUCUGGCUGCGUUAUUAUUCAUCAGUGCAAUGUACUGUCCUUUUUUUUUCUUUUUUUUUUUAAUUAAUAGAGUUAUGCGAUGCUGAUAAAAGCAAUGCCAUUUAUUGAAACAUCAUAAUUGGUGCAUGCAAUUAAACUAAAAUAUCUGCUGUUACACUUUUUUUUAACUGGUGGUGACAAAAUUGUACUACAAAUAAAUGUGAUUUGUGUCAGCAAAUAUUCUGACGUUGAGAUGUCUUGUUUUGUUUAAGCCUUUAAACAUCAUGAAACAAAUAUCAGCAACUAAAGUCACCAACUAAAGUUACCUAUGUACCCGUUCGGAAACUCACUGUGUCUCUUACUGAUUACCUGUGACUCUGAUGUAUUUUGGUCUUAGACCAUUCAGAGCCUAAUGGACCCGCAUCAGAACUUUAGAGUCCUCUGACGGACAGGCAGCCAGUGUAAAGACAGAGUUGGACUGAUGUGGUCCACCUUUUUGGUCUUGGUGAUGACUCGAGUUCUGAAGGAGCUGCAGUUGACUAACUCGUUUUUAAGGUGGACCUGUAAAGAUGCUAUUACAAUAAUCAAGCUACUAAAGAUGAAUGCUUGGACUAGUUUUUCCAGGUAAUGUUGGGACAUGGGAUCUUUUAUCCAUGAUAUAUUCCCUAGGUGAUGGUAAGCUGAUUUUGUUAUUGCCAUAAUGUGUUUUUCCAAAUAUAGAUCUAAGUCCAUCACUACAGAUUUCUUCCCUGGUUUGUGGUUUUUAUGUGUAUAGAUUGAAGCUCUGUGCUUCAAUCUAUACACGACAUGUGUAUAGAUUGAAGACAUGUUAUCGUUUCUCUUUGGCUCCAAAGACAAUUACCCCAGUUUUGUUUUUGUUUAGCUGGAGAAAGUUCAGGCACAUCGAGUCAAUAAUUUUCUCAAUGCAUUUAUCAAUAGCCUGUACA